AUGGGUAUAGAAAACCUUCAUCUGAACUUUGUGGGAAGUAAGCAGCAUAGUGUUUCUGGGAGAGCAGGCCACUCGCAGGAAUAUACUGAUACUAAUGGAUACAGAAAGGAUAAGAGAAGGUUUGGACAGCCUUCUCCACUUAGCUGGCAAGCUAAUAAAUCUUUCAUUGAUCACGAGUGGACUCGAGCUCCAUUUAUUGCGAGCUCACUUGUUUCUAUGAUGCUUAGACUGCCAAAACUGAAAUUCGCCAUCGUUACCUUGGGCGAAGAAGGAUGCGUAAUGCUCGAGAGGAGUAGUGAUGUCGGUCAUCAAGCAGAAGAAGCUGAUGUGGACUGCUUGCUGGAAAUUCUUAAACAGCAGAAAGAUGAUAGCAUGAUCAUUCCAACAUGUGUUGCAUCGUCGGUGACAAAGUUAAGAGCUGACGGGAUAGGGACCGUUAGAGGAAGGUUACUAUUGGGAACAGCUGAGAAAAUUCCGCUAACAGAACUCGUUGAUACAGCCGGUGCAGUUGAUGCAUUUAUAGGGGCUACUCUAUUUGGUGAUCCUUUCAUUAUUUUCGUAGAAGCUAUAUGCGCCAGCAUGCCACCUGAAAGGAUGCUGCCCUUUGCUGCUCAAGUGGCGGCUGCAAACUGCCGAGCUCUGGGGGCUCGGACUAGUCUCCCAUACCGUACAGAUCCACACCUCGCAACUUUCCUAAGUUAA